ACCUCUCACUCUCAUCCCAUCAACUUGUUCAUCUUAUUGCGACUUCCUCAUCCCUCGGCUACCCUUCAAACUUCGCACAAGAACCACCAUCAAUUGUUCCAGUAUGGGCAGUCGUUAACUCGCCACGUAAGACAACAAACCUCAAGGCAAUCGCAUUUGACAUCCUCAACUGCUGUUAAUAACUCAGUAUAAGCCCAUGGGUGACAAUGAGAAGCGGCGACAGUCUCGGAAGGAAUAUGAGAACAGGCGCAGAGAGCGUGUUAAAGCAAUGCCGCUCGCAGACCAAGAGUCUGUCAAGGCACGACAACGUGCCACGCAAGCGAAGUAUCGAAAGGCGUACAUAGCUAUUCUGUCUGGAGGUUACUCUCAACUGACUGUUUGUUUCAUUAGUAAUCAAGAAAAACUUCGACUGAAAGCUGACUCUCGGCGAUGGAUACUGACGGAGGAUCGGAACACCUUUAGGCUAUUCAUGGAACAAUACGAGGAUGAUCCAGGCAAAAUGCCUGAUGACUGCAUUCACAGACGAGGCCAUCUGUACCACCCUGAGGACUAUCCACUUGAACUUCAACCUGAGGGAUCGCAGGAUGCAUAG